UGCUGGUCAGAGGGAGGAACAGCAGCUGCUCGGAGCGUUAGCACAGCGGAAGAUGGCGACUGGAGUCCUUCAGAGAGUCCGUGGCGGCUUGGCUCGGGCUAAAAGCGGGGCCCACCCGGCCGGACAGCUGCUGGUCUGGGGCAGGGGGUUUGCAACGUCCAGCAGCAGAAACAGAGAGGACAGCUGGUUUAAGUCACUGUUUGUGAGGAAAGUCGACCCCAGGAAAGAUGCACAUGCCAAUCUACUGACCAAAAACGAGGAGAGUAACCUCUACAAAAUCCAGUUCCAUAAUGUCAAGCCGGAGUGCCUGGAUGCAUACAACAAACUCUGCGAGGAUGUUUUGCCCUCCAUCCAUGCUGAUAAGUACUACCCCUGUGAGCUGGUGGGAACCUGGAAUACCUGGUAUGGAGAACAAGACCAGGCUGUUCACCUGUGGCGCUACAGAGGUGGAUAUCCAGCUCUAACGGAGGUGAUGAACAAGCUCAGGCAGAACAAGGAGUUCACGGCGUACAGGAAGGAGCGGGGUAAGAUGCUGCUGUCUCGCAGGAAUCAGCUUCUCCUGGAGUUCAGCUUCUGGAACGAGCCUGUACCCCGAGAGGGUCCCAACAUCUACGAGCUCAGGUCCUACCAGCUCAGGCCAGGAACCAUGAUCGAGUGGGGUAAUUACUGGGCCAGAGCCAUCGCAUUACGCCAGCACAACAGAGAAGCUGUGGGAGGAUUUUUCUCGCAGAUCGGUAACCUCUACAUGGUCCAUCACCUCUGGGCUUACAAAGACCUUCAGUCCCGAGAAGACACGAGGAAUGCUGCCUGGCAGGAUGAGGGUUGGCACGAGGCGGUUUAUUAUACAGUUCCUCUCAUUCAGCACAUGGAUUCUAGGAUCAUGAUCCCGACGAAAGCUUCCCCAAUGCAGUGAAAUGAGAAGCGGGCUGGAAGCUGAAAUCAAGUGGCACCCGUUUGAAUGUUACAUCCAUCCAGAGCAUCUCCAUCAUGAGUUCAACCUCCUGUCAGUGCUGCCAAACAUCCCUUCUCUUUUCUCGUCUUUGUUUUGUUACUUCAAGAUGUCACUCGGGACAGAGACCUGCCACUUAUCUGAAAUUAAAAGUUACUGAACGGCACUGAGGCACUUGAUGAUGCACAACUGUUUUUUGUUUUUUUUUUAGUUUUUGGUUCUGGAGUGGGAUGAGUAAAUUUGACCAAUGUAAACCUGCUGACGGUCGGGAUGUCAGACAUCUUGUGCCACAUUCAAACUGGUCCAUGAAGAUGGCUCAUCUCUAAGUUUAGAACCAACCAAAGUUACUUGAAGAAAAAAUAAAUAAAUCGAGCAGCUGUAUGGUGCGUACAUGUGGGAACAGAUUUGAAAAAAAAUAGUACUGCUGAAGCUCAGUGCAGGGGCUUUUUAUUUAUUUAGAAUACAUAACUUUCUGUUUUAGGUGUGCUGAGUAAAAAGUGGCACUUUGACAUAAGCCAUGCCAUUUCUGACUGAAGACAAAAAGCCUCUGUAUAUCAAUAAAGGCUGUACUUCUGUCACCUAUCUUGAUAGCAUAUGUCAUAAUUUUAUAUUUGUCUAUUCUAAAUCAGACAUUGUUUUGCAAGUCACUCCUCUGUUGCGUUCCUGGCUGUUCCUAGAUUCUGUCAUGGUAACGUUUCAUGGUGCCGUGUUUGUAACUAUGGCUUCCAUCUUUUUCUUGUGAAGACAGCAUGCCUGGUUUUAAAAUCUGUUUUUAUCCAACAUGUUUUAAUGGGGCACAGCAAUCAUGUAUGGUAAAGUGAAAACAGGUAUUACCCAUCAGUGGCUGAGUGAAUCUGCUACAGAGCAGACAGUUGUGCUGCUUCAUACUGUAAUAGAGGUUUUAUUGUUAAAGGAAGCAUGCUUAUCUGAUCUUUUUAUUCAGCAGGAACCAUGUAAAGAGGGGAGCAAGAACGCCAACAGAUUAAAGUUGUCCAAACAUC